UCAUAGGUCAAACACAGCUAUUGAUCCAUUUAUGACAAGCUGAUCAUUCUGAAGCUUUCAGCAAAGUGAACUCUGGCAUGACAACAUGAAUUCACCUUACACAGCUGUGCAGUAUUACCCUGAGUUUCCCUUUCGGCGACUCAGGGACCCUUCAGCUCGUCUGUCCUGGAGAGAGGGCUCAUUCCUCACCACCAUGUCCCAGAAUCAGGCAGCACAGACAACUGACUUGUUCAGCCAAGAUGUGUUCAACCAGCUGUUUGAUAUGCUCGACCAAUCUGCCAUUCAUUCAGUCCAGCCCAUCGAGCUGAACUUCAGCGACAGUCCGGCCGACGGGUCGGCAGGAAACACCAUUCAGAUCAGCAUGGACUGCAUAACCAUGCGUGAGCCGGAUGAACCGCUUUCUUCACAGUACACAAACCUGGGGCUCCUGAAUGGCAUGGAUCAGAACAUUCAGAACGGCGGCUCGACCUCCACCAGCCCCUACAACAACGACCACGCGCAGAACAACGUGACCGCCCCGUCGCCCUACGCCCAGCCCAGCUCCACCUUCGAUGCCCUUUCCCCCUCACCGGCCAUCCCAUCCAACACAGAUUACGCAGGCCCACACACCUUUGACGUGUCCUUCCAGCAGUCCAGCACAGCAAAGUCUGCCACCUGGACGUAUUCGACCGAACUGAAGAAGUUAUACUGCCAGAUCGCCAAGACAUGUCCCAUUCAGAUCAAAGUCCUCACCACUCCUCCCCAGGGUGCCGUGAUCAGAGCCAUGCCUGUUUACAAAAAAGCUGAACACGUGACCGAGGUGGUGAAACGCUGCCCGAACCACGAGCUCAGCCGCGAAUUCAACGACGGUCAGAUAGCGCCGCCGAGCCACCUGAUCCGCGUGGAGGGAAACAGCCACGCCCAGUACGUGGAGGACACCAUCACUGGGAGACAGAGCGUCCUGGUUCCUUAUGAGCCUCCCCAGGUGGGGACCGAAUUCACCACCAUUCUGUACAAUUUCAUGUGCAACUCGAGCUGCGUGGGCGGAAUGAACAGACGCCCGAUUCUCAUCAUCGUCACCCUGGAAACCAGAGACGGUCAGGUUUUAGGGCGCCGUUGCUUCGAAGCCAGGAUCUGCGCCUGCCCGGGCCGCGACCGCAAGGCCGACGAGGACAGCAUCCGGAAGCAGCACGUAACGGACGCCACAAAGAGCAGUGAGGCCUUCCGACAGGUUUCCCACGGCAUACAGAUGUCCGCCAUCAAGAAGAGAAGAUCCACAGAUGAGGAAGUUUUUUGUUUGCCUAUUAAAGGACGCGAAAUCUAUGAGAUUUUGGUAAAAAUCAAAGAGUCGCUGGAACUCAUGCAGUUCCUGCCGCAGCACACAAUAGAGUCAUACAGACAGCAGCAGCAGAACCUCCUGCAGAAACAAACCUCCAUGUCAUCUCAGCCCUCCUUCGGCUCCACCUCGCCCACUCCCGGAAAGGUCAACAAGCUGCCCUCCGUCAGCCAGCUCAUCAACCCCCAGCAGCGUAACACGCUCACUCCGUCAAGCAUGUCUGGAGGCCUCACUGACAUGACUCCCAUGAUGGGCACUCACAUCCCCAUGAAUGCCGACAUGAGUUCACUGAGCCCCACACACGCCCUGCAGCCACAGCUGCCCCUGGUGCCCUCCUCCCACUGUACCCCCCCUCCUCCAUACCCCAUGGACAGCAGCAUCUCCAGCUUCCUUAUUCGGUUGGGCUGCGCCGGCUGCUUGGACUACUUCACAGCACAGGGCCUAACCAACAUCUACCAGAUUGAGAACUAUAACAUGGAGGACCUGUCCAGGCUGAAGAUCCCUGCCGAGUUCCAGCACAUCAUCUGGAAGGGCAUCAUGGAGCACCGACAGGCUAUGGAUUUUUCCCCUCCUCCCCACAUAGUGCGCACCACCGGCAGCGCCUCCACCGUCAGCGUGGGCUCCUCCGAGGCGCGGGGCGAGCGCGUCAUCGACGCCGUGCGCUUCACCCUGCGCCAGACCAUCUCCUUCCCGCCCCGCGACGAGUGGUCCGACUUCUCCUUCGACCUGGAUUCGCGCCGCAACAAACAGCAGCGCAUCAAGGAGGAGGGAGAGUAAGACGCAGCCACCGCCGCCGCUGCGUCCCCACUUGUCAUUUCACGCCUGCUGAUGAACAUUUCAUUUGAAAACCUGCUGUUUAGUGCAAAUCCUGCUGAGAACAAACACACAGACGCACUUACUUUCAUUUUGUCCCGCCAAGUUAUUUUAAAGGUGUUGAGCAAAAGGUGCAUUUUUUUGUUUUUGUUUCUUUUACAUUUUAUUGUUAUGUUGUAAUUUCUUGAGAGCACUUAAGAAAUGCUGAGGACUUCCCAGAUUGCUUUGAGGUUUCAAGUGUUCACGAUUCAUUCCUGAGUCAAAGCGUGAAUGGAACCGCGUAAGAGGGCUUUUAUUAGGGCUGUGUUUCUGCUAUGGGCCGUAGCAAAAGUGUAUUUUAGUUUGUAACCCUUUUUUAGUCGAGUACACUGGUUUUCGCUCGUGGCAGGAGUCAUUUCAAGCAUUUCUUCUCAGAAGUAUUACGUCAGCUGAUGGGCGAUUUGUUUUUCUGCUGUAGCUUCCGUAUUUUGCUUUUUAAAAAAAUGUUUUUUCAUGUGUUGUGAGACCAACGCAUCGCCUUGAAAGGUCUGUUUGUGAAGUGUUUGAGUGCGUGCGUGUUUAAAUGAUGGUAUUUCAUUUGAUGUAGCCACAUAUAGGCCUAACACUCCACCCAGUGUUUCACAGUUAUGACUGAUGUCGUUUUAUUCUCGUUUAUUGCAGAGCAAAAGUAUUUUUUUGAUCUUUUGGUAGAGGAAACUGGAGUUAAAUGUAUAUAAAUUUGUAUAGUUCUGUUUUUUUAACUUGCUCUAAGGGAACUGCAUGAUUUCCUUCAUGAACCAAACUGUUUGGUAGCUUUAUCACUAAGAACAAUGUAUUAAUCAGUUCACAGGAGUACAUGCAGUGUGUCUGUGUGGACACAGGAUUUAGCCCAGCUUUCUCUCCAGUAGUCUGCAUUUGUUAGAAGCAGAAACCGACUGCAGUUUCAUAUUUUUGUACAAUGUAUUGUAAAUAUGUCUCAUUAUAUCGAGGGUAUUUUGAUAUAAAUCUGAAAUAAAUAUCCAUACUUGCUGUAUUGCAUGUUAACA